ACCCGGCUAUAAUCGAUUUCAAUAUCUUAUAUCAUUGUAUUUUUAAAAUCCGCCUGACGUUUGGUUAUUUUCGCGUCAACGUAAGCUUUUAGUUCUUAUUUUUGUGCACAAAGCUGGCAUUAGGCAAUAUCAAAUAGUGCCUUUUUUUCUAUUCGCGGAAGGGGCGAAAAGGAGGGGGCGUGAGGCACCGAGUCAACCCUCAAUAAUCAUCUCAACGCAGCCUACUUUAUGCUGCUUUUACAACGUGAAGUGUCUUUUCACUCGUUUUUUUUUUUAUUACUCCCCCCCUCUUCUCCUCUGCUGUCUUUAACAGACAUUAAAACACGCGAUGGCUGAGCGGGAGCUGCUUGUGUAACGCGCUGCUUUUCACCUCGGCUGAACUUGACGCAUCUGCUUGAGCGGCGGGCACAGGACGCGCCGUGUCCCCGCUGAACCGAGCAGCCGUGGCCGCGGGAGGAGGGAGCGGCGAGCGGCGUCACCAUUACCCGGCUGCUGUCUCUCAACACGGACACAUUUUCCCCUCCUUCCUUCAGCGUCUGGAACGUGUCUUUGCGAGACGAGAACGUUGGACUUGAACGUGACACCUUUGGGGCCACCAGAGUCCACGAGCACCCUUGAGAGCAGAAGGAGGCCGUCGGACACUGGGCAAAGGGUUUGAACAGCUCAGCCUUUUCUGCGUGGAGUCUGCAUGUUCUCUGCGCUCCGGCUUCGCCCCACAGACCACAGACACACAUUUUCAUUAUCCCACAUCGCCCAUGAGCGCUGGAAGUGUUUUGGAGCGGUGACAUUUGCCGUACCUCGGGCAGCUGUUCAGCCGCGUUUGCGGAGGUCGAGAGGCCGGGCGGCUAAACAAACAGCACGUGGGCAAGCCCUUGACUUGCCAUGCAGGAAACCUUUGUGCACCAGCUUUGCAACAUAUUUGGAUGCCUGCAAGGGACACUCCAGCAAGACCGCAGCAGCGGAUAUGCGGACGCGCUGCAAUGUGGUGAGCCAGAUGUUCGCCACAACGAGCGGCGGAGAGCCCUCGGAGUCAGACCUCACUGGGCUCGGUGUAUUUCCUGGGCAAGCCUCAACUUUCAAGCUGUGCGCCGCCACGUGGUCGAAUCCCAUGUGUCUGGCGCCAGUCCGCUCUCCUCUUCCAGAACCCCGAAGGCUGUGGCUUGCUUUCAGAGUCGGCGCGAGCAGGACUCGUCCCAUCAGAAGCUCCUCGAGCAUGUCGACGUGUGUCGAGCUAUCUAAAUCGGCCGAGCGAGGCAGCGCGACGGGCGCACGUGCGGCACGAGUACCAAGACGAGCGCACGGCGACGGUGUGCCGGCAGCGGUGUCCGUGUGA